AUGGAGUUAUGGAAUCACGAAAUGAAAGGAGAAGAUAUAGCUGCCUAUACAGCUCGAUUUCAUGAGUUGGCAAAUCUAGUGCCACACCUAGUGACGCCAGAGGAAGUCCGCGUUGAAAGGUAUAUUURGGGAUUAUCCCCAGAGAUUAGAGGAAACAUUACCUCGGYAAAUCCAAAGACUCUUCAAGAAGCCAUUGAUAUUGCCACCAAACUCACGAAUAACGCKGUUCGUUCAGGAGAAUUCGCCAAAGGGAAAARAAARGUGGASGGGUAUGGAAAUCRWAGACUUGRGGGAAAAUAUGACAGGAGUAAGAGAACGGUAGGAAACUUCGGGGCACAGACUCAGACGGUGAAUCAAAGAGACAAAGCCAAGUGYAAUAGAUGUAAAUACCCGCACUSGGGAAACUGCAUCAUUUGUCAAAGGUGCCAUCUCGGGGGUCAUACWGCUAAGGAUUGUCGGAAGCGAUUGUGCUUCGAUUGUGGAAGUCCAGAUCAUAUSAGGAACGUUUGUCCGAAAAGGAAACAAGGACCCAAUGCAGGCCAAGCUCGAWCRAUCAGUCAAGGAARCCCAGAGAGUCAGACACGGGGCAGAGCRUUUGAAAUYGGGGCCAGAGAAGCUAGAAAUGAUCCCAAUGUAGUCWCAGGUACGUUYCUUUUGAAUAAUGAAUUCGCGUCAGUUCUAUUUGAUUCAGGAGCGGAUAGAAGUUUUGUAUCCCUGGACUUUAAGCAGAAGAUUAACCUAAAAUACCAGAGGCUGAAAGAAGCCUAUGUAGUUGAGUUUGCCAAUGGCCAAGAAUUUAAGGCUAGAAAUAUAAUCAAGGAUUGUAGAAUAAGUUUAGCCAAUAAGAAUUUUAGCAUAGACCUUAUUCCUAUCGAGUUAGGAAGCUUCGACAUAGUUUACUUGAGGAAGGAGUAUGUCGCAUUCCUGGCGCAUGUUGUUGAUAGGAAGGGCAAGGAAGAAGAUAUCGGCGAGGUCCCUGUAGUUCGGGAGUUUUUCGACGUAUUUCCCAAGGAUUUACCAGGGUUACCCCCGCAAAGACAAGUCGAAUUCGGUAUCGACUUGAUCCCUGGGGCUGCCCCAGUGGCAAAGGCACCAUAUCAUUUGGCACCUGCGGAGAUGCAGGAAAUGUCAAAACAACUCCAAGAGUUUGGAUCGACUUACGAAAUCCGUGCACUUUUUGCCUAUUCGAGAAGAUUUCAGUACGGAAAGGCUGGCACAACUAUAGAGACAGCCGCUUUACUUCCAGGUUAUGGCAAUCGGUUCAAAGGGCACUAG